UGUAAAUAGUUAUUUGCGAGCUUAAUUAAGAGCACUUGUCACAUUCUGUAUGUAGGCUGGGUUUUUAACUUAGUUUUGACACGUUACAGUGGAUUGCUAACAGUUAGCUCGCAAAGCUAAUUUAGCAUUCGCGUUAAGUGAGUAGGCUUCAAGAAAGGUCACAUAAGGAGGAUGGCAUCGAGCAGUACGAGCAGCGAGGAGGAGCGCAGCCUGCGAGAGUGUGAGCAGUAUGUUCAGAAACAUAACAUCCAGCAGCUGCUCAAGGACUGCAUCGUCCAGCUGUGCACAGCCCGGCCUGAGCGACCCAUGGCCUUCCUCAAGGAACACUUUGACAGACUGGAGAAGGAGGAGGCCCAGCAGAUGGUGUUGCAGCAGAAGUCCAGUGUGCGGUCAGAUUCCCGCGAGGACGAAGUGUCUCCUCCCAUGAACCCCGUGGUGAGGGGUCGGAGCCGGAGAGGAGCCAUCAGUGCCGAGGUGUACACCGAGGAAGAUGCUGCCUCCUAUGUCAGAAAGGUCAUCCCUAAAGACUACAAGUCCAUGGCGGCCCUGUCAAAAGCCAUGGAGAGGAACGUGCUGUUUGCCCACUUAGACGACAAUGAGAGGAGUGACAUUUUUGACGCUAUGUUUUCUGUCAACUACAUCGCUGGAGAAACAGUCAUCCAACAAGGUGACGAGGGAGACAACUUCUAUGUUAUCGACCAGGGAGAGAUGGAUGUGUAUGUGAACAACGAGUGGGUGACGAGCAUCGGUGAGGGGGGCAGCUUUGGAGAGCUGGCUCUGAUCUACGGGACCCCUCGAGCAGCUUCGGUCCGGGCCAAGUCCAACGUGAAGCUGUGGGGCAUCGACAGAGACAGCUACAGGAGAAUUCUGAUGGGGAGCACAUUGAGAAAGCGCAAGAUGUAUGAGGAGUUCCUCAGCAAGGUGUCCAUUCUAGAGUCUCUGGAUAAGUGGGAGCGCCUGACGGUGGCUGACGCCUUGGAGACGGUGCAAUUCCAGGACGGUCAGAAAAUCGUGGUGCAGGGAGAGCCUGGUGACGAGUUCUUCAUCAUACUGGAGGGGACAGCCGCGGUGCUGCAGAGACGAUCAGUGGACGAGGAGUUUGUGGAGGUGGGCAGACUUGGACCAUCAGAUUACUUUGGUGAGAUCGCCCUGCUGAUGAACCGGCCGCGUGCCGCCACUGUCGUUGCAUGCGGACCCCUGAAGUGUGUGAAACUGGACCGUCCACGGUUUGAGCGAGUCCUGGGUCCCUGCUCCGACAUCCUGAAGAGAAACAUCGAGCAAUACAACAGCUUUGUUUCCCUCUCCGUCUGAGCCCUCCAGCACUCUGUCUCUCCUUUCUUUUUCUGCAGGGUCCACCAACACAGAUCUGCUUUAUUUUCCUACUUUCACUCCUCUGAUCACUUAAACACAGCUUUUACUCUUAUUUUUUAUGUAUUUUCUUUUUGCUUAUAUAUUCAGAUGCCUAUAUACUACAUAUACUCUGAACAUAUAAAUGAAAUGAAUUGUAGCUGUAGGUUUGUUUGACUGUGCAUUCACACUGAGCAGCUAGUCAGGAGAUCAGGUGUAACAGCUGUGAAAGUCCAGAGGGCAUUUUAAAGCAUGUUGAUUACACAGCUGUUCACAAGUUAAUAUGUAGAUCACUUAACAACAGUAACAGCAUAGUCACAAUAAAGUGUGUGUGACAGCUGACAGGAUAUAAUAUUGGGAUUGGAUAUGCAGACAGUGUAAGUUAAUGGUUUCCACAGUCUGUAAAUCACCAACCUACAAUGUGUCAGUGACUUGAAUCAGUCGUGUUGUCAGUGUGAGUGCACAGUUGGAGAUCCUUGGUGUUCACAGAGAUGCUGUUACUAAUUGGUUCACAAUGACUUAAGGAUGCUUUGUGCUUUUGAACCGGUACCGCCAAAACGUUUCACUGUUUGCUGCUGCUCUUUUGUAUUUGUUGAGAUGUUUUUGUAGUCACACUAGCAGCGUUGGCGGUAGCGGUAGCGGUGGGGCUCUAUGGAUGGAGCGUUUGUCAUGUUCCGCUCAUCCAACAGGUCGAAAUUGAGAGUUGUCCAACACUUUAGUUUAUGACCAAAUACCUGCAAAACUAAUGACAUUCCUAUCAGCCUGAACUGUACUUAGGCUUACAUACUAACAUGAUGAACAUAGUAAACAUUACACCUGAUAAACAUCAUCAUAUUAGCAUUGUCAUUGUAAACAUAUUAUCAUUUAGCUGAGUACAGAUUCACUGAGCCGCUGGCCUGGCUGUAGACUUUUGUCUUUUAAAAAAAUAUAUAUAUACUAUGUAUUUACUGUCUUAAAGGAUUGCCUUCACAUCUGUACUUUUCCUGCUUUUUGUCACUGAGUUUGACAGAAGUAUCAGCCAUAAACCUUGUUUUACCCAUAAAUAGAAAAUGAGGAAAAACAAAGAAAAUGCACAAUUCAUUUCCAAUUAAACUUCACCAUCAUUUUGGUUGUUUUCCAUUUCCAGUGUUAUAUCAGGUGUUUUCAUUUCCCAUCCCCCUUUUGCUAUUUUUAAACUGAACUUUCAGUUUAUUUCAGCAUCCCUUUAACAUUUCAGGUCCUUACAUUUCAUGUUAUUAUUUCAACAUUAUUUCAUUUUUGUAUAAUAUAGUAAAUAAAAAAAAACUCUAAAUUUUCCCUUUUCUCUCUAAAUGGAACGAUCUCUGUGGGUGAAAUUCUCCUCUAUAUAGAUAGUUUGCAGUGUUUGUUAAAGAUCCUGCAAACACCCAGCACUGUUCAACAUGUGCAGGUGUCCCUUUAACCCUGCUGGCCUUCACAGCUCUGCUACUACACACCUGCAUAUCAAGAGUACAGUACUAUAUAUAUAUUUUUUGGCACCUUUUGUGAUAUACAAAACUAUAUAAUCAAAGGGAAAUGUUUCUAUACUGUUAGGUUCACUGUUUUGUGUGUAUGUUUGAGCCUGUCAUUUCAAAGGGGGCAUAGGUCAAGACUUUUUAAAAAAACAAACUAACAAAAGCAGCUACCUCUCAGUAGAUCAGACUGCCAUGUGGAGUAGAGCUCUGAGUAAUUGAUCUAUGUGUCAUCCAUCACUCUAUCACUUAGUUUGCUGCAGUAAAUACAUGAAAGAUUAUUAAUAGUGGCUUAAAAAGUAUAAUAGGUGUUUGCAUUAGUCCUAGAACAUAAAUAAUGUGGUUUUUUUUUUAAAUUAAUAAGAAAAAUAAGAGGAUUUUAAACGUGCUUAUUGUUGCAGAGACUGCUUUUGAUGUAAUUGAGUCUCCAAAUGAUGAUCCUUAUUGGCUUUGCAGGAUGAUCAGAUUAGUGAUCGAUCACUAAUUAUCUUUAAGCUAUUCAAAUAUAAGAUUUUGGUGGCACUCCUCUAACCCUAACACUUGUAGUUUAGAGUUAUUAUUAUCUCAGGCUGUGUACCGUAAUACUCCUCUUUACUAAUCUUAAUGUGUAAAGUAUAUUAUAUGUCAAAGGUACUGUAUUCAACACUGAUUGGACCAGCACUGGCCCAUUACAUCAUCAGCAGGGCUGGGCAGUGUUAGAAUGAUUCUUUUUAUACUAGUACCUGAGUUUAAAAUCAAGACGUCUUCCACAAAACCCUCUUUACAUACAGGAAGCCUUUUUCACAUGUAGUCAUAGUAGGAAAAUCACAGGUGUUACUAUUCAUGCUUUUUGUUAUUUACACCAGUGCUUUUCUUGCUGUGUCUAACCUUUAAAAAAAGAGGUCCGUAUCAAGCCAAAAUGCUGCUUUCUCAAAAAGUAUCAGAUCAAAGAAUAAGUAAAAGUAAUACAUUUUGAUUGGUUCCAUAAAAAAGUAUUGAGGUUUGAAACAUAGUACAAUCUAACAGCCUUUAGUUAAACCUGAGUGUCAGUUGAACUUAAACUCAUUUUUUUCCAGUCUUAAGUGUGUCAUUAGUUCAGCUGGUGGAGACAUGACGUCUUCUUUAGAUUCUUCUGAUGAACAGUCAGUGUUAAACGUCUCUCAUCUAGUACGUCUUCAUUUACCAGUGUCUGCCACGUGUGUGUGAUGUCAUCGUGUACUUGUAUUCUUAUUUAAUCAGCUGUUUUAUGACGUUACAAUAUUUUCCAACUCGCCAAAUGUCCGAUUGGAUAUUUUUUGGAUUUUCAGCAUGAGUUCUCCAGCUCACUGUGAGCCUGCUCUUUCAGACUGUCAGUGUUUUGUCAAACUGCAGUGAGUCUUUGCGGUGGGGCCAUGUUGUUUUCUAAAUGCCUUUCUUCAGAUUGAUUGGAGUGAUUGUGCUUUAAUAUCAAUGGUGUGUUUUGGAUUUUUUCUGUAGGUCGUCCUCACAGCAGGUCAAGCAAUAAAGAGAUCAGUGUUUUCA